AUGCUGGUCGUGGGCGCGCAGGCUGCGGCCGGCGGCGGCGGCAGCCAGGACGCCGAGGCGCCCACGGCAGCUGUGGCGGAGCACGUGCGUGCGGCGGCGGCGCUGGUGGCGAACACUUUCUUCCGAGACGAGAUUGCCAUCGGCGUGGGCAGCGGCCUGGGUGUGACCUACGUGCUUGAGGAGCUGGCGCAGCGGCUGGGCGCCGGCAAGCUGCGCGGCGUGCGCUGCGUGCCCGCCAGCGACGCCGCCGCCGGCGAGGCCGCUUUCCUCGGCGUGCCGCUCACCACACUGCAGGAGGCCGGCAGGCUGGAUCUGUUCAUAGAGGUGGCUGAUGAGCUGGCAGCGGAUGCAGAGGGCUCCCUGGCCUUCAUCAUCGGCCGCCAGCAGCGCCCCGCCCAGCCCCAGCUGCACCGCGCCCGCCAGCUGGCAGCCGCCGCCACCACCAACAUCGUGAUCGCCGAGGAGAGGGCCGUCCUGGUGCCGCGCCUGGGGGGCAGCCUGCCGGUGGCGGUGCAGGAGGAGGGGUGGGAGGUGGUUGGGGAGGAGCUGGAUGAUCUGUUCCUGGGGGAUGCGGAGCUGUGGCGGCGGUCCAAUGAGGAGGGCGCGGGGCCGAGGGGCGGCGACCAGCCGUACGUCAGCGCCGAAGGCCACGCCCUCAUCGACAUCCGCUUCUACGAGGGUCUGAAGCUGUUUGGGGAGGACGCAGACUAUGGGUCCAUCGCAGCCGAGAUUGAUGGCGUGGAGGGGGUGGUGGCGCACGGCCUCAUGGCCAACGUCGCGGCGGCGGCGGUGAUUGCGGGGCCCGCGGGACCGCACCUGGCCUGGCGCAAGGACGACCUCACCCAGCUGAACUGA